CCACAAUAACAUUAGCUCGACAAUACCCAACAUCUUGCAUCUUGCCAUGUGUAUCAAUCAGCGAUCAGCAUAGAAAUAUUUGAGCAGUCUUUCCUGCGAUGGCGUCGGCGCUGAGCGAUGUCACGCCGUAUCUGGUGGUGCUCGUGGCGGUGGCCACCCUCGGUCCGCUCCAGUUUGGCUAUCACUUGGCCGAACUGAACGCGCCCGAGGAUGUCAUCACCUGCCACAAGAAGGCUGUUUCCACACUUGACAAGCUGAUGUCGCUCGGCUCCAAGACGGCCGCGGCCGACUGCAUCCCGAUGAGCCGGGCGGCGUUUGCUGCCAUUUCGGCCAUAUUCACACUCGGUGGGCUCAUUGGCGCCCUGGCCGCGGGGCCAUUCACGUCGCGCCGUGGCCGUCGGCUUUCGAUGCAGGCCACGGCCAUGUUCUACCUGGUCGGGUCUGCGAUUGAGACCCUUGCUUCGUCGGUCCCGGUCAUGGUGGUCGCUCGCUUUCUCACCGGAAUCGGUGCCGGUGCAAGCACGGUGAUUGUGCCGCUGUACAUCAGCGAGGUAGCCCCGCCGACGAAGCGCGGCUUCUUCGGCGCCUUCACGCAGAUCAGCAUCAACCUGGGUAUUUUGUUCACCCAGACACUGGGCUACUUCCUGAGCCACGAUAGCGCCUGGCGCUGGAUCUUCGGCACCGGUGUCAUCGUCGCCCUGGCGCAGGGCCUGGGCUUGUUGAUUGUGCCGGAGAGUCCGUCGUGGACCGCCAACGUGAAAGGCGACGUUGUCCGUGCCCGUCGUGCCCUGCAGCGCAUUCGGGGCAGGCACACCAACGUUGAUGAGGAAGUCGAGGCGUGGGGGGCUGGCGACGGCAAGCCGCCUGGCGAGCGCGAGCGGUUACUUGCGCGGAGCGAUAGCGACUCGGCGGAGGCGACUGCCGGGCUGCUGUCGCCGCCACCUACCGCUUCGAGAAGCCAGAAGUCGCAUCUGGGCUUUGUGCAGGUCGUCCGCGACCCGCUGUACCGUCCAGCGAUCACGGCCGUGGUAGGCAUCAUGUUCGCCCAGCAGCUAUGCGGCAUCAACUCCAUCGUCAUGUACUCCGUGUCGCUGCUCAAUGACCUCCUCCCGAUUAGCUCGGCGCUGCUGACUAUUAUCAUCUCGGUCAUCAACCUGGGCACUACAAUUGCCGCCUCGCCGCUUCCGGACCGCUUCGGCCGCAAGACGUGUCUCCUUACGUCGAUCAUCGGCCAAGGGUCAAGCUCGCUGGCGCUGGCGCUUUCGAUCCGCUUUGGCUUCAAGAUCAUGUCGGCCAUCGCAGUUCUUCUGUUUGUGGCUUUCUUUGCUCUGGGCCUCGGCCCUGUGCCCUUCAUCAUGGCGUCGGAGCUGGUCGGCCCGGAGGCUGUUGGUGCCGCACAGUCUUGGGCGCUGGCGGCGAGCUACAUCGCGACCUUCCUUGUCGCCUACCUGUUCCCCAUCGUCAACGAGGCGCUGAAUACCGCGUUGGGCGGCGCGGGCUGGGUGUACUUUAUCUUCGCCGGCUUCGCCUUGCUCUGGGCAGCCUUUGUCACACGCAACGUGCCCGAAACAAGGGGGAAGAAGGACGCGGAUGAGGUAUGGGGACGGACUAGGCGUACUGAUUGACGAGAUUGAGCGCGGAGUUUGGGAGCAAUGACUUGUUCGC